CGGCCGGCCGGCGGCGGCGGCGGCGGGGUCGCCUGCUCCUGGCUGCUGGACGGGCACAGCUCGCUGCUGUGCUAUGGCUUCCUCUACCUGGCGCUCUACGCGCAGGUGUCCCAGUCCAAGCCGUGCGACAAGACGGGCUCUUGCUUCUCGGGCCGCUGUGUCAACUCCACCUGCCUCUGCGACCCAGGCUGGGUGGGGGACCAGUGCCAGCACUGCCAAGGCAGGUUCAAGUUAACAGAACCUUCUGGAUACUUAACAGAUGGUCCAAUUAACUAUAAGUAUAAAACGAAAUGUACAUGGCUAAUUGAAGGCUAUCCAAAUGCAGUGUUAAGAUUAAGAUUCAAUCACUUUGCUACAGAAUGUAGCUGGGAUCAUAUGUAUGUUUAUGACGGAGAUUCCAUCUAUGCACCCCUGCUCGCUGUCCUGAGUGGCUUGAUUGUCCCUGAGGUCAGGGGAAACGAGACCGUCCCUGAAGUCGUCACAACAUCUGGCUAUGCCCUGCUACAUUUUUUCAGCGAUGCUGCAUAUAAUCUCACUGGUUUCAAUAUUUUUUAUUCAAUCAAUUCUUGUCCUAACAACUGCUCAGGCCACGGGAAGUGCACGCCGAGCGUCUCGGCCCCCAGCCAGGUCUACUGCGAGUGUGACAAGUACUGGAAGGGGGAGGCCUGUGCCAUCCCUUACUGCAGAGCCAACUGUGGCAGCCCCGACCAUGGGCACUGCGACCUCACCGGCGAGAAGCUGUGUGUGUGCAACGACAGCUGGCAGGGUCCUGAUUGUUCUCUGAAUGUUCCUUCCACCGAGCCGUACUGGAUUCUUCCCAACGUGAAGCCGUUCAGUCCGUCUGUCGGUCGGGCUUCGCAUAAAGCGGUUUUACACGGGAAAUUCAUGUGGGUGAUUGGAGGCUAUACUUUCAACUACAGUUCUUUUCAGAUGGUCUUGAAUUACAAUUUAGAGAGCAGCCUAUGGAACGUAGGAACCCUAUCCAGGGGACCUGUCCAGAGAUACGGACACUCGCUUGCUUUACAUCAGGAAAACAUCUUUAUGUACGGAGGCAGAAUUGGAACCAGUGAUGGCAAUGUUUCAGAUGAACUCUGGGUUUUCAACAUCCCCAGCCAGUCAUGGAGUACAAAAACGCCCACUGUCCUUGGCCAUGGCCAGCAGUAUGCCGUGGAGGGCCACUCGGCACAUAUUAUGGAGCUGGACAGCAGGGAUGUCGUCAUGAUCAUCAUAUUUGGAUAUUCUUCAAUCUAUGGUUACACAAGCAGCGUACAAGAGUAUCAUAUCUCAUCGAACACUUGGCUUGUUCCAGACACAAAAGGAGCUAUUGUACAAGGAGGAUAUGGCCACACUAGUGUGUAUGAUGAAAUCACAAAGUCCAUUUAUGUGCAUGGAGGCUAUAAGGCAUUACCAGGCAACAAGUAUGGACUGGUAGAUGAUCUCUAUAAGUAUGACGUUAACACUAAGACUUGGACUGUUUUGAAAGAAAGUGGGUUUGCCAGAUACCUUCAUUCAGCUGUUCUGAUCAAUGGAGCUAUGCUUAUUUUUGGAGGAAACACGCAUAAUGACACUUCGUUGAGUAACGGAGCAAAAUGUUUUUCUGCCGAUUUCCUGGCAUAUGACAUAGCUUGUGACGAAUGGAAAAUAUUACCUAAACCAAAUCUUCAUAGAGAUGUCAACAGAUUUGGACACUCCGCAGUUGUCAUUAAUGGGUCCAUGUAUAUAUUUGGGGGAUUUUCCAGUGUGCUCCUUAAUGACAUUCUUGUCUACAAGCCUCCCAACUGCAAGGCCUUCAGAGAUGAAGAAGUUUGUACAAACGCUGGUCCAGGGAUAAAAUGUGUUUGGAAUAAAAAUCACUGUGAAUCUUGGGAAUCUGGAAAUACUAACAAUAUCCUCAGAGCAAAGUGCCCUCCCAAAACAGCUGCGUCCGACGACAGAUGCUAUAGAUAUGCAGACUGUGCCAGCUGUACAGCCAACACAAACGGGUGCCAGUGGUGCGAUGACAAGAAGUGCCUGUCAGCCCACAGUAACUGCAGUAUGACGGUCAGAAACUAUACCAAAUGCCAUGUGAGGAACGAGCAGAUCUGUAACAAACUUACCAGCUGUAAGAGCUGCUCACUCAACUUGAACUGCCAGUGGGAUCAGCGCCAACAGGAGUGCCAGGCUUUACCAGCCCAUCUUUGUGGAGAAGGAUGGAGCCAUAUCGGAGAUGCUUGUCUCAGAAUCAACGCCAGUAGAGAGAGCUACGACAGUGCCAAACUGUACUGUUACAAUCUGAGUGGAAACCUCGCUUCCCUGACAACCUCAAAGGAAGUAGAAUUUGUUCUGGAUGAAAUACACAAGUAUACGCAACAGAAGGUGUCGCCUUGGGUCGGCUUGCGCAAGAUCAAUAUCUCCUACUGGGGAUGGGAAGACAUGUCUCCUUUUACAAACACAACCCUGCAGUGGCUUCCUGGGGAACCAAACGAUUCCGGAUUCUGUGCCUAUCUAGAGAGGGCUGCGGUGGCAGGUUUAAAAGUGAAUCCUUGUACCUCAAUGGCAGACGGCCUUGUCUGUGAAAAGCCCAUCGUUAGUCCAAAUCAAAAUGCAAGGCCAUGCAAGAAGCCAUGCUCUCUCAGGACGUCGUGCCCCAACUGCACGAGCAACGGCAUGGAGUGCAUGUGGUGCAGCAGCACCAAGCGGUGUGUCGACUCCAACGCCUACAUCAUCUCGUUCCCAUACGGGCAGUGCCUGGAGUGGCAGACUGCCACCUGCUCCCCGCAAAACUGUUCUGGAUUAAGGACGUGCGGACAGUGUUUGGAACAGCCUGGAUGUGGCUGGUGCAAUGACCCCAGUAACACAGGAAGAGGAUACUGCAUGGAAGGGGCCUCCCGGGGACCAAUGAAGCUUGUUGGGAUGCACAGCAGUGAGAUGGUUCUUGACACCAGUCUGUGUCCCAAAGAAAAGUACUAUGAAUGGUCCUUUAUCCAGUGCCCAGCUUGCCAGUGCAAUGGCCACAGCACGUGCAUCAACGAUGAUGUGUGCGAGCAGUGCAAAAACCUCACCACUGGAAAGCAAUGUCAAGACUGCAUGCCCGGUUACUAUGGAGACCCGACCAAUGGCGGCCAGUGCACGGCCUGCACAUGCAGUGGCCACGCCAAUGUUUGUCAUAUGCACACAGGAAAAUGUUUCUGCACAACCAAAGGAAUAAAAGGGGAUCAAUGCCAAUUGUGUGCAAUAAAGAACAGAUUAGGAAAUGUAGCAAAGGGCAAGGCUUUCUACAGCCUUUUGAUUGAUUAUCAGUUUACCUUCAGCUUAUUGCAGGAAGAUGACCGCCACCAUACCGCCAUCAACUUCAUAGCAAACCCAGAACAGUCAAACAAAAACUUGGAUAUUUCAAUUAAUGCAUCAAACAACUUUAAUCUCAAUAUUACAUGGUCCGUUGGUUCAACAGCUGGAACAAUAUCUGGGGAAGAGACGCCUAUCAUCUCUAAGGCCAAUAUAAAGGAAUACAGGGAUAGUUUUUCCUAUGAAAAAUUUAAUUUUAGAAGCAAUCCCAACAUUACAUUCUAUGUAUACGUCAGCAACUUUUCCUGGCCUAUUAAAAUACAGAUCGCAUUCUCACAGCACAAUACUAUCAUGGACCUUGUGCAGUUUUUUGUCACCUUCUUCAGUUGUUUUUUGUCCUUAUUACUGGUGGCUGCCGUGGUGUGGAAGAUCAAGCAAACCUGCUGGGCUUCCCGACGGAGAGAGCAACUGCUUCGAGAACGACAGCAGAUGGCCAGCCGUCCCUUCGCUUCUGUUGACGUAGCACUGGACGUAGGAGCGGAGCAGACAGACUUUCUGCGAGGCCCAUUAGAGGGGGCGCCCAAGCCGAUAGCCAUGGAGCCAUGCGCUGGGAACAGAGCUGCAGUUCUGACGGUGUUUCUUUGUCUCCCUCGGGGAUCCUCAGGUGCCCCUCCCCCUGGGCAGUCAGGUCUCGCCAUCGCCAGCGCCCUCAUAGACAUUUCACAACAGAAGCCUUCAGAUAAUAAAGACAAGACUUCAGGAGUUCGAAACCGCAAGCCCCACCUCUCAACACGCCAAGGAACCUGUGUCUGAGCUAGAGACUGGCUUGUCGACUCUUCCAUUAAAGCUGUUCUACGGCCUUGGUUUUGAUGGAGGCAGAUCUCUGUGUGACCCCAGGCCCGAGGACAGGUCCCUCCAAAUGGGCAGUGACCCAAGUGGGCAAAGGAUGUCCCGAGUCAGGCUUUUAUGAAAUGUCGCAGUGUUGAUGGUGACAGGUGACAGACUCACUGUUUAUGAUGAUCAGGGCUUCAUCCUUGAUACCUUCAAACUACUCCUGAGGACGGGGUGGGGGUGGGGUGGGAUAAGAAGAUGUCUAUUGUUUCUUAAUGCAGAUGAAAACUAUGUAAUUCGUACGAACCAAACUGUUUAUACCCCCAGACUUUGAAGAAAGACAUUUUAUAAUUCGAGAAUGACUGAGAAUUGUACAGUUUUUUGCCUCAUAAGCAAACUUGAAUCACCUGUAUAAGGACAGGACAUGAACCCAAUGGCUUUAAAUGCUCGCUUCUCUCACUGUACUUGUGAAGGCUUUUGAUUGAAUAGGGGUAGGCAACGUAUUUAAAUGUUUCACACCAUGACUCUCACCUCGACGGGCAGUCUGAGAACAGGAUGAUUGUUCACCGCACUGGGAUGCAGAUGAAAAAUCAGGCCCACCUGGAUGGAGGGCGCGUACAACGUCAUAAGAGGUUUCUUUGAAUUCUGAGUGCGGAGCAUAUUCCUGCCAUCCAUGCCAACCGCCUAAUUCAUUAUCGGAGCUGAGAGAGUAUGGAAAAACCUAUCCAGGAAUCAGUUUUUCCCCUCCUUUCAAACAGCGUCGGAUACCAGAGGCCUGAGGAGCUCAAAGGUCGUUCUCUGACCAUGUGCCAGCAUCAGCUCCUGUUUGGAACGUAAUGUUUUGUCCUGGCCCAGGGAUCACUGGGUCCGACCAGAACAAUCCCUCUGCCUCUUUAUCAGAACAGGCCAUCUUCUGGUCUUCCUCUUGCAGCUGCUAGAUUUGACCUACCUUCCCAACGGCUACGACAAGGGUCGGAGGCGACACCUUCCAUGGCGGUGGCCUGCGCUCCAAGGUCCUUCCUGCCCCCCGACUUCAUGGAGAGUAGAAGUGGGGGUACGCACGCCCUGGCUGCUCGUGCUUCCCACAUAAACACGCACCAGUGUCCGGAGGGAACUGUCAGAAAUUCCACAGAGCCCUCGCUGCCCACGUUCAUCGUGCCCGAAUGACUGAAAAAUCUGAAGGAUGGCAGGGAAGGCGAAAUGAUAGGGUAAAAUACCAGCCUAUCCACAGAGGUCUGCUGAAGUUCAGUAGGAUGUGUGAGAUCCCAGUUUCUUCACUGCCAGGUGGCCCCUGGAGAAAUGGAGAGAACCGUAAUAGAUAUCCAAAGUUCUUGAAUACGAUCAAGUUUGUUCACUACAAAAGCCAUUUAAAAACCAUGGACAGUUCGUACUAGCUGUGUCCUCCUCGGCGUCUCUGGGGUUUGGGGAAGGUGAAUGGCACGUCACUGUUUACAGCUGAUGCACAGUCUCUUGCAUGCCACCUUGGUGCACUAGCAGACUACGACCCCCUUGUGAUAUUACGUGUUUAUUUCAGAAUACCGUUUACACAUAGUCAGCUUAAGUUGGUGAAGAUGGAAUGCAAAAUGUAACCGGAAUGACUAUACAACAUAUAGUUGCAUCGGAUAUAAGACUGCUGGAUUGCAUCUAACCAUGACUAUGUCAUUGUUUUUAUCAUUAGGCAUUUAUGAAAUAUAGUAUCUAUUCCUUAUGUUGGCAUGAUGGUUUUGCUCUUUUCCACAUGUUAAAAAUCAGUAUCUCUUAGAGUAAUUCUCUCUAUAGCCUGUAAAGUUUUAUUUGAGGGGGAGGGGGAUGAGGCCGUUUAUUUUUAUCUCCCUAUGAUGUUUUCACACUCAGUCAAAGACAGAGUGAGCUGAGUUCAUCAAAGUCGCCUAAAAACAAGUAGUUUCAUCAGCUUCUUUCUGGACCCUUUAAAUGUUGAUUUUCUUUUCUCAUUGAAAAAUGAAUUGACCAAAAUAUAAUCCUUUAAAAAUAAAA